GCAGGGUGUGGUUUCCUUAGCUCACUCUCUGCUAUUUGGUUGUCUGUGGCAACGGGAUCCAAACAACUUGGACAUGUGUUUGUAUAAAAAAAACUGGGAAUGGGACCCAAAGUGGGAGUCUGGGGCCCGUCAGCUAGUGGAAGAGCCGCGGUCCCUCCAGCUACAAGGUGGGCACCAUGACUGAGAAGUUCGACUGCCACUACUGCAGGGACUCCCUGCAGGGGAAGAAGUACGUGCAGAAGGAUGGCCACCACUGCUGCCUGAAGUGCUUCGACAAGUUCUGUGCCAACACCUGUGUGGAGUGCCGGAAGCCCAUCGGGGCCGACUCCAAGGAGGUGACCUACAAGAACCGCUACUGGCAUGACACCUGCUUCCGCUGUGCCAAGUGCCUUCACCCCUUGGCCAACGAGACCUUUGUGUCCAAGGACAACAAGAUCCUGUGCAACAAGUGCACCACCCGGGAGGACUCCCCCAAGUGCAAGGGCUGCUUCAAGCCGAUCGUGGCAGGAGACCAGAACGUGGAGUACAAGAAGACCGUCUGGCACAAAGACUGCUUCACUUGCAGCCACUGCAAGCAAGUCAUCGGGACUGGAAGCUUCUUCCCGAAAGGGGAGGACUUCUACUGCGUGACUUGCCACGAGACCAAAUUUGCCAAGCAUUGCGUGAAGUGCAACAAGGCCAUCACCUCUGGAGGAAUCACUUACCAGGAUCAGCCCUGGCAUGCCGAGUGCUUUGUGUGUGUUACCUGCUCUAAGAAGCUGGCUGGGCAGCGUUUCACCGCUGUGGAGGACCAGUAUUACUGCGUGGAUUGCUACAAGAACUUUGUGGCCAAGAAGUGUGCUGGAUGCAAGAACCCCAUCACGGGGAAAAGGACUGUGUCAAGAGUGAGCCACCCAGUCUCUAAAGCUAGGAAGCCCCCAGUGUGCCACGGGAAACGCUUGCCUCUCACCCUGUUUCCCAGCGCCAACCUCCGGGGCAGGCAUCCGGGUGGAGAGAGGACUUGUCCCUCGUGGGUGGUGGUUCUUUAUAGAAAAAAUCGAAGCUUAGCAGCUCCUCGAGGCCCGGGUUUGGUAAAGGCUCCAGUGUGGUGGCCUAUGAAGGACAAUCCUGGCACGACUACUGCUUCCACUGCAAAAAAUGCUCCGUGAAUCUGGCCAACAAGCGCUUUGUUUUCCAUGAGGAGCAAGUGUAUUGCCCCGACUGUGCCAAAAAGCUGUAAAGUGACAGGGGCUCCUGUCCUGUAAAAUGGAAUUGAGUCUUUUUCUGUGUCCUCGCCCUCUGGCCCGCACCCCCCACCCGGGGCCAGAGCGGCCUCGCACCUCUUAAGUUCUCCUGCCUUUGCCCCCAUUUUACAGUAGCACUCCCGCAAGGGCACACCGUGAUCGUACUAGGAUGUAGCGGCCAAGUUCACCCCUCCGUAGCUGCCGUGAGCACACACACACACUUAGUUAGCUCGACUCCUCCGCAUGUUUAUCAUAGAGCAGAAAAGCGCUGACUGUGUAGCUGCUUAGUGAAGUCAGCGAGAAGUGUAACACACACGAAGCCCCGCUGAGCCACGUCUCGUGGCUCAGCCAGGACCCGCCGUGUCCGCGGGACACGCAAGAGUUGCAGCGGCUGCUCCAACUCGGCUGCUCACGUGCUCCGUGAGCAGAAAGCGAACUUAACCGAAAUGCAUGGUUGACCUUCCUCAUCAGAACCUCCCUUCUGUUCUUUUGUGCUUUCAAAUGACUAACAUGGAUUUCCAGAAAGUUAACAUUUGAACUGAGCUGUAACUUUCUAAACUGACCUUUCCCCCCGUACUAACCUUCCAUUUCCCCGUGUGGCGUGUUUUCUGAACGUUCCUGCUUUCAAGCGUGGAACGUGCAGGUGAUUUGCGAAGUGUAGGCGGACCCGAGAAAACGAGCCUGUUUCACAGGAACAUCGUCACAGUGAAUACUUCUGGAAGCUUAACAAAACUAACCCAGCUGCCCUUUCUCUUUGUUUUUGUUUUUUUUUUUUUAAUAUUUUUGUUUUAACGACUAGUAACAUAGUUCAUGGGUUUGGAGACUUGCAUGUCAGUAUUUCGCCCCCUCAGACGUUCCUGCAGUUUUGCAAUUCAUCCUACAGAAGUAACCGUCACACUGUAGAGGGGUAGCUGAGCGGGCGCCAGGACGGUCAUUGACACGAUAGGACAUUUCCAGACAGUGACGAGCUGAACCCCUUGUAACAUAGUAGUUGUCUGCUCUUGGUCCCUGUGCCGAAGAGGCCCGCCCAGUCCCUUCGCUUGCGAUUCUUAGGACUGUCCCUCAGAGCUUAGCUGGAUCUCUGGGGGAGUGGUGGCCACCCUCACGGGCGGUCCCGGAUUUCCACGUAGUGCUUACCCAAGCUGCAGGCUCACCUACUUACUGUACUCUCAUCGACGUUGUUCUAGGACAUAGUAUAACGAGACAGUAUCAAAAGUAAACAUGUAAUGCCAGUGCAUAGUAACAUGCUCGUAGGAGUGGUUAGCGAAGCCGAUGCCUCCUUCCUACAUUUUGUCAUUAGUUAUUAUCCUCUAACGUUUCAGUGUAUCCUUACAGAAAUAAAGCAGCAUAUAAAUAA